AUGACCGUUUUGGUACUUUUGUUCAAACCAACAAGCGCUGAACAGUGUCAAAGACGCCAUCACGUAGUGGGCUACUGUAGUGGAGAACACAAAUGUACCUUUAGCAGCUUCAUUUACCAUGUACCCCAAAACAACAGCGCUAUAACUUACGAACGUGGAUGUGGUGAGAGCACAGGCAAAAGAUGCAAGGACAUUAAGGACAGGGCAGGUUGUUUCAAUUCCCCCCAAUGCUUAUGGUGGCAAACGUACAACAAAGAUGAUAACAUCUUGAGAGACUACGAAUGUCGAGAAUUUGAUUGUUCUUAUGGCUGGACUGAGGACUACUGUGGUCAAUUUAAGGAUUGUGUCUUUGAUAAAAAGGAUUCCAAAUGUAAAAGCAAGAAGCAACCCAAGAAAAGUCUCUGGGAAAUCAUCAACGACCAUGCCGAGACCGCCACUGGGAAAAGACUUGAUGGGAAAUAA